AUGAUACCAAGUAAACUGUUUCCACUCCUUCUAUUCCUGCUAUCACAGAGUCUGCAGGGUAAUUCAUCAUCUGAUAUUUUUUCCUCCAUCACCGCCAUCGACCAGGCUGUUUCCGCAGGCCGGCAUCUCGCUUCCGAACUCCAGACCUACGUAACCAAGGAGGAGGCUCGUUUGGCGAAAAUGCGGCUUCUCAUUGGACGUCUGGAAAAUGCAACUCGAAAUUGCGCCAACAACACCCACGAUGAGGAUGGUUUGUUUGAUGCCUCAGCUCAGGAGACUAUUGCCAACCCGGUGUCAGCAUUCCUAACCAUUUUUCGGCUUGCUUCCAAUUGGUCAAAGGAGCUCGCAGUCCUCCUAGAUGUGCCAAUUUCUGACAGUGGACAAGAAGAGACCUCGGUUACUGCAUUCAAUGAAUUCAAUUCGAGGAGGAAGUUGUUUUUGCGGCUCAGGUGGUAUGCUGACAUGCUUCCAGGGGCGUCAGACGUGGAUGGCGCGUUGGAUGCCAUCAUCCGGCUGCAGCAGACUUAUGAAAUACCCGCAAGUGACAUCGCCGAAGGGCGAAUUUUACCCACGUCGCAAUCACCAAGGCUAACGGAGCGGCAGUGCAUGCACUUGGGCCUAUUCGCCUAUGAACUGGGCGAUUACCCCCGUGCUGUGGAGUGGUUUCAGUUGGUCUUGGAUAGACUGAACCGGGUGCCUUUACACCAGCGCAACGCAGACGACGAUGGCGCCAAUCCCAUAUCCCACGCGAUGGUCUACGACCACCUUUCCUACGCACUUGGAAGGGCUGGUCGCUACAGAGAGGCUCUAGACGUGACUAAUCUCCUUCUCAAUGAAGGCAAGACUUUAAUAAACGGUGCAUUAAACAAGAUGUUUUACGAGAUGGAACUGAAGCGCUACAAAGGCAACGAUCCACCUCCGAUUCAACAAGACACCUCCAUGGAGGCUGGCUGGGAGACUGGAGACUUUGACGACCUCUGCAGGAAAGCCGACAAACCGAUGCAUCCAGACUACCGCCUGAGUUGCCGUUAUACGGUCCCACACCCCUUUUUCCUCAUCGGUCCAAUUAAAGAGGAAGUAAUGCAAGUCGAUCCACCCAUUGUACUGUGGCACGAAUUUGUCACUAAAAAUGAAGCCGAGAUGAUUAUUGACUUGGCAAAGCCAAAGCUUAAACGAGCCUUGGUUCGGAACCCCUCUAGCGGAGUCCUAGAGCCAGCUCCAUACCGCGUAACUAAAAAUGUUUGGUUGCCCGAUGACCUCAACAAUUUGACAAAAAGCAUUAAUAGCCGAAUUCGGAUGGUGACGGGUCUGAGCAUCGACCACGGUGAGGAACUGCAGGUUGCCAACUACGGAUUGGGUGGGUACUACGCGCCCCAUUUUGACUAUGCCAGGCGCUUCGAAGUUGACGCCUACGAGCGAAAUCAUGGGAACCGUAUUGCGACGUUUAUGGUUUACCUAACCCCGGUCCAGCUCGGUGGAGCAACUGUCUUUACAAAGAUAGGAGCGAUAGUCAAACCGGUCGCCCGAUCGGCUGUCUUUUGGUACAACCUCCUGCGAAGUGGUGAUGGGGACCUGCGAUCACGCCACGGGGCCUGCCCAGUGCUUGUUGGAAGCAAGUGGGUCAUGAAUAAGUGGAUUCGUGACAGUGGUCAGGAGUUGAAGCGACCCUGUCUCCUCGAGCAGGAGCCAUUCGAUCCUUUGGACGAAUACAACGACAUCUGA